ACUAUAAUUAAAAAGAAAACAUUCCAUGAUAUUAUUUUGUUAGAUUUCUCAAAGGCUUUAGAUAAAGUUUCCUUUUCGAUCCAAAAACUUGGUACGUUUGGUUUAGACCCCCCCCCCUCACUUGUUCAUGGUUCAAAGAAUUCCUUAUGGUUCAAGAAAAAUGUUCUCAGUUAAAAUCAAUAAAUUUGAAUCUAAAAACGCCCACCCCAUUUCCUGUCCCUCAAGGGCCCGUUUUGGGUCCACUUUCUCAUUUUAUUCAAAGACGUCAUAUUGAUUGAUCUAGAAUACUCUAUAAAUGUCUCCUGCUUUGCGGAUGAUGUGAAAAAUCUGCUCACACAACCCUAUACUUAG